AUGACCUUAUUACCAACAGAAUGUAUCCAGGAAAUAUUAAAACAUGUUCAAACGGAUGAAAAUUUAUUCUCAUGCCUUCUAGUCAAUCACGCUUGGUGUAUAAAUGUUAUACCAUUAUUAUGGAGUGAUCCGUUUAAAUAUAAAGAAAUAACUCGAGAAACGAAAAAUUUCUACUUCCUUGAUAAUUAUUUGAGGAGUUUAAAUCAAGAUGAAACGAAUUUGUUGAUUCAACAAGGAAUUAACAUUUUUCAUCAUGACAAACAAAUCAUAGAUUACGUAUCAUUUUUAAAGGUGAUAGAAUUUGGUGGAUUGAGCAAAAUUAUAGAAAAUUGGAUGGAGUAUUAUAUUUACAUCGACUCGGACGAAAUCUUUUUAAAAUAUUAUUCCAACGUUUUUGACGUAUUAUUGAGAUUAUUUAUGAGACAAUCAGAUAUUCAAACAUUAUGUAUUAAUGAAAUGCAUGCGUUAUCUCAAUCGAAUAUGCAUAUCAUACUUCCUGAUAUUUCAAUAUUUACUUUAGACAAUCCUGGUAUUAAAUUAAUCAAGGAACUACACAUUCACUUCGAAAAUGGUCAAUUUUAUGAAGAACUUCUUUCCAUUGUUUCCACUUUAUGCACUCAAAUUCAAAUUAUAUCAUUGUCACUUAAUCGAACGAACUUACCCUUGAAAUAUUUUGUCAACAAUAUUAUAAGAAAUCAAGCAAGGCUAAAUUCUAUUGCCUUAAAGUGUGAUAGGAAAUAUAAGAAUGAACGUGAAUUAAAUCUUUUAUUUAAAUCGUUAAAUUUACAUGUCAAUUGGUUAAAAAGUAUUGAAUUAAGUAAAUUUGAAAUCAAUAUUUUAGAUUUCUCCUUAAUCUUUUCACAAGAAAAUGAUCAUAAUUUGUUGAAGUUAACAUUAAUCAAUUGUAGAUUAUACAUCAAAAAAUACGAUCUAAUUGAAGAUUUAAAAGAUUUAAGAUUACCCAUAAAUAAUUUAACCGUUCAAAGUUGUUUCUUUACAUUAUAUGGUAAUAAAAUUUCAUUUGAUGAAAUUUAUUCGCCUUUAUUUUUUCAAAUCAUUGGAACAAAUUUAAAAAAUCUUUCUUUAAAUGUAUUAGAUAAGAAAAUUAUUAAUUCCAUUUUAACUUAUUGUACAAAUAUCAAUUCCUUGGAGGUAUUUGAUUUACGUCAUCAAAAUUUCCCAAACUUCUUUACCUUAAUUAAAAAUCUUGAACUUACCAAAUUAAAGAUAUCAAUGGAUUGUGAUCAUGAUACAUUAUUCCUGUUAAAGUUAAUUGAUAAUUUACCUGUAACUUUAAAUUUGCUAGUGUUGAAAAAUUUAAGAAACUUCAAUAAUUUGCACUACUUUCUUAAAAAAUUUCACGCUCCUAAUUUAAGUGAGAUCAUUUUAUAUCAAAAAUCACAUAAUUACAAUUCCUUUUUCGAGUUGUUAAAUAAUUUUAAGGAUUGUAUCGAAUUUAUUGAACUUCGAAAUAUUCAUACGUUUGGUAUAGAAUAUGAGAAAAAUGUUAAUAUUGAUGAUAUCAAUGAUUUCAAUCAAUUGAAAAAAUUUUAUAGUAUAAAUAAGACUAAUUGGAAAUUAAAAUGGGGACAUAAAGGAUUUUAUAUGAUUUCCAAUUCACUUUGUAAUAUUAAGUGA